AUGUUGAUUGAAAACAAUAUUUAUCUUGGUGUGACGACAAACAGGUUAAUAAAUAAAGUUGCAGUGGUUACGGGUGGAGCAAGAGGAAUCGGGGGUGCCACUGCGAAGUUAAUGGCUGAGAAUGGGGCACAUGUCGUCAUUGCUGAUGUUUUGGAUGACUUGGGAACAAAUCUGGCUAAUUCAAUCAAUGGUCGUUAUGUACAUUGUGAUGUCUCGGUAGAAUCUGACGUAGAAGCUGCCAUUCAACUAGCUGUAACUUGGAAAGGGAAAAUCGAUAUUUUGUUCAAUAAUGCCGGAAUUGGUGAUGUUGGAGGAAGCAUAUGUAGUGUCGAAAUGAAAAACGUCGCAAAAUUGAUCGGUGUCAACGUGAACGGUGUCGUACACGGCAUAAAGCAUGCGGCACGUGCAAUGAUCUUGGCCGGAAAUGGUGGUUCGAUCAUAAGCUCAUCAAGCACAGCCGCGAUCAUGGGAGGCCUUGGAUCACAUGCCUACACACUCUCGAAAGAAGCCAUUCUUGGAGUCUCAAGAAGCUCGGCAUGCGAAUUGGGCAUCUACGGGAUCCGUGUGAACUGCGUGUUACCGCAUGGCGUGUUGUCAGAGAUGCUUGUCGACGCAUAUCGUGGAUUCAAAAAUGACGUGACGGUCGAGGAAGUGCAACAGAAAGUAAGCGAGAAUGCGAGUUUAUUGAAAGGGAGAUGCGGAAGUGUGGAAGAUGUUGCAGAGGCGGUGUUGUUUUUGGCUAGUGAUAAAGCAGGAUUUAUAACGGGGCAUAAUCUUGUUAUUGAUGGGGGAUAUACUUCUUCGUCUAUCGGAAUGACUUUCAUUUAUCGAGAUAAAAUAUCGAAAUCAGAAUUAUCAUAA